GCUGGUCCAUACCACCUGGCUUUUGAAGGCUUCUUGCUGGUGUGGGUCAUCUGGCUCCUGGUUGCUGCCAAGUCACGGCCUCGCCCUAUCAAGCUCACUAAGAAGGAGGAGGAGCAGCUACUGGCAGAGUGGACGCCUGAACCGCUGCUUAGCUCUGCGCCUGACCCUGAACACCCAGCCCUUAACACACGUACUGUUAAGGGCAAGCUGGGCCACUACGUUGACCUUGGUAGUGGUCCGCUGCUGAACCUGGCAAGCCAUGACUACUUGCGCUUCAGUGAGCAUGAAGGCAUCGAGACUGCCGCCCUGGAGUGCCUCCACCAGUAUGGUGUGGGUUCCUGUGGCCCUCGAGGUUUCUAUGGCACAACAGAGGUGCAUCUUGCCUUGGAGCAGCGACUUGCCGAGUUCUUCCAGUGUGAGUCCUGCGUUCUGUAUUCAUAUGGCUUCUCUACCAUGGCCUCGGCUAUUCCAGCCUACGCCAAAAGUGGUGACGUUAUCUUCGCUGACGAGGCGGUAUCCUUCUGCAUCCAGCGUGGCCUGCAGGCCUCGCGCUCGCGCAUCGUCUACUUCCGUCACAACGACUCAGGGCAUCUGCAGCAGCUGCUCGAGCAGCAGGCGAUCAUUGACAGCAAGAACCCGAAGAAAGCAAAUGCGACCCGCCGCUUUCUCGUUGUCGAGGGACUCUACAUGAACACGGGCAACAUCUGCCGCCUGCCUGAGCUCGUCGAGCUCCGCCACAAGUACAAACUGCGCCUCUUCAUUGACGAGUCUUGCGCCUUCGGCACCCUCGGUCCCCACGGCCGCGGCGCCCUCGACCACUUCAAUAUCCCCAUGAGCGAGGUGGACCUGAUCAUGGGCAGCCUGGAGUACGGCGGUGGAAGCACCGGUGGCUUCGCGGCGGGCACGUCAUUCGUGGUGGAGCACCAGCGCCUCAACGGCCUGGGCUACGUAUUCAGUGCCUCCCUGCCGCCCCUCCUUGCCGCCGCUGCCAAGCAGAUGUUGGAAAUAUUGGAGGCUGAGGCUAAAGACUUGGUGCCCACGCUGCAGCACCGUGCUUCACAGCUGCACUCUGGUCUCGCUGUUGCACUUCCAGCUAAGAUGUGUGUGUCAGGCUCGGUGAUUAGCCCCAUCAAGCACGUGGCGUUCAAGCCGUCGUCGGGGCUGACGGUGAAGCAGCAGGAGAGCGCCUUGCACCGCAUCGUCCAGGAGGUUGAGCAGCGCGGAGUGGCGGUGGUGGUGGCAUCUCUGCUACGCUCUAAGGAGGUCUGCCCGCCACCGCCGUCCAUCCGCCUCGUGGUCAACGUCCGCCUCACUGACGCCGAGAUCACCACCGCCAUCACUGCCGUCGCUGACGCCUGCGCCGCCGUCAUAGAAGCCGAGGCUCUCUGAUCUUCAGGACACACAUAUUCUUCUGCCUGGCCAUUUAUUGUUAAGUUUUUAUGAAUAUGCUUACUGUUGUUUCAAAAUUAGAUCAUUUCUUUUCUAUCGGCAGCUUUCAGUAUUGUCACAAUUUUAUAAACGUAUUAAUAACUUAGUUAACAUUACUGCUUGUUAGUAAUGCUAGCAGAAUUGAUCUGUUGCUUAGUGGUCGAAUAUAUCGUGCGCUCUCGUCUGUUGUGAGAUUGUGUUUAAUCCUUAUCGUUGAGAUAUCUUUUAGCAUCAAGACUGAAAGAAUGGAUGCAUGUAUUCAGUAUGUGUAGAUGUUUAUGUUUCUUUUUGCUGUUCGUAAGCACCAUUUAGCCACUGGCUCGCCGUUGUCUCUCUGUCAAACUGGGCUGAAUUUUUUUGUUGUUGUUGCGGUGCCAUUAGGAAAGAGUGGAAAAGAACAAGAUGUGGCGCAGAGUGACCAGAAAGAAGAAGGAGAAAUGAAAAUGACAGUAGGAGAUGAAAAGGCGCAUUGCGCAUGAUUGGGUUGGCUAUAGGUGGUUGGAGGUGUUCGGCUACUAGCACUCGGUCAUCAGUUCCCAGACUGUGGCUGCUGUCGAAGCCAAUUAUAUUCUGUUAACGCUGGAAUUAAUAAACGGAUAGUUUUUUGAAAUUAUAUUGAGUAUAGGAAUGAUUAAACUGAUCGUUUAUAGGAAUUCUUACACUGAUGUUAAGUAGCUGGUUUCCUAACAGCGUGCCCGUUAUGUCAAGAAUAACCAGUAAAUAUGCUAUGGUUCUCUUGCGACGAUUUCAUAUAUUGUUUGCGUUAAUUCUUAGUUCAAAUUUUCUCACAAGUUGCUUAUGUUAUCGAUCUUACAUUUGCAUACUUUAUUCUUAGCUAUUUUUAGUUUUUUUUUAUCAAUCUUUCUUUGUUUUAUUCGUGGAUGUUUUUUUUUUCUCAACAAAACAAAGCUGUGCCCUCUUUGUCUCCUGCUAUCAUAGAUAGCACCAUGUUUCUAAUUUUAUGGAUAGCACAUGAAAUAUUAUUCCGUAACUCAAGUGUAUGCGAGUUUUUUUAACGUCUUUUCAAAAUAAGUUUAUUCGCAGGAUCUUGUUGUGCUAAAAUUUCUAUGAUUAAUAAUUUCGAACCUGAAUAGUGAUUCGUGGGCCUUGAACAACAAGACUUGGAAAUGUGUGGCCUUAAUCAGUUAGACUUAAUGAUAUAGAAAUAAAUGUUUUUAUCGAUAAAGGUUAUUACGACAAGCAUCCCAAUUUGAAUUUUACUGACAUGCCUCUCAUGAAUGUUCAUGUUUAGGGGCUCCGUAAGUUGGUUCAGUUGUAUUGCGUUACUUUUGAUUGUUCAUUUUGUUAUAGUAUGUUGAAGUGAAAGUAUCUUGAGGUUGUUAUAGGUAUUUACUGGCUCUCUGUCUGUUUUUCUUGAUGUCCCGCGGUAAAAGGAUGGAAGCCACGCUUGUUUAGGUUAAAAUUUUUAGGUCAAAAAAUUUUCAGGCUGUUACUGAAGUAUAUAGCAUAAGCAGUUGUUGUUACUACUAAUUUUGGUGAUGCAUAUUGAAUAACUAACAAGAAAUUUAGGCUCUCUUAACUAUUUCGAUUGAUUCAUUUGUAAAUUCUACUAUACACAAUUAUAUACGUUCAUGUCUCGAGUAAGGUAAUGUUACAUACAUUGAGAUCAGCGUGGCUAAGUAAAAACUUUAACAUCCCAUAAGUGAUUCGUGAUGCACGCGUUCCGUGUGUAUAUGCCGAGCGAAAAUCACGCGUGCUAACCCUUACUAUCUAACGAACCUUUCCUGCUUGUUGCUUAUUGAUCAUACCAGUAAUCAGUUUGAGCCUCCGUUUUGCGAGGUGGCCCUAAUUAACUGGCUAAAUUCCAGAAACCUAUCGCUAAUGCAUCAAAUCGGUAGCACCAAGUAGGAAGUUUCUCUUUAAACGACCUCUUGGGGCUCCUGGUAACUCAUGAUACUUACUCACAAAUGACCGAUGAACGCAACGCACAUAUGUGAAUGAAAGACAUAUUUAAUUGUCUUACUUUUGACUCGAAGGUUUGUUUGAGAAGUGGUGCGAUGUAUAGGAUAGAUAAAGUUUCGAGUUUUUGUGUGUAUUUUUAAUGUGCAACUGUUCAUGCAAAUGGUUUUUUAAGGUUAUAUCUUUCUUGUAGUAUAGUAAAGGGUUCUGUAGGCAAGUGAUCUAACCUGGUCACUAAAUUAGAAGUGGAAUAAAAAUUUACUCACGUACUAACAAACAUUCCAUCUAAGACUAAGUGAACCGGACUCAAAUUUUUAACAUUACUGACUUGUGCGACGUAGAAUACAAAUUUGCUUUUUAUGCUGAAUAUAAUGAUGUCACACAAUGUUUCAAAAAUAUACCCGGAAAACUUACUUGGAAGUAAUUUCCCGAUGAAACUUGUAUUUUCUGUUCACAUCAUUCAUUUUUUUAUGUCAUCACGUUCAAAUUAAUGUAAUUUUGAGUAUAUGCCGUACAGUCGUCGGUAUUAUUAGCGCAUGAAGGAAAGUAGAAUUUCACUGUUGAAGUUAUUUUGCGUAAAAAUUUUUCAAUAUAUAAAGUAGUAUCACAAACAUCAAAACUUGAUUUGUUAAUGUCCUUAACUGAGAGGAGAAUUGAAGUUUUACAAUGUUUUUGGCAAGGUAGUUGUCAUUCAUAGUAGUUGUCACUCAAAAGCGGUAAAAGAGUCUUAGCACAAAGUAAGUGCGGCUUAUUCGUUUUUGCACUGCACUUGGGCGAAUUGGUUUGUUUUAGGGGGGGUGUACUAUGAUAGUUCCAAAAGUAGACUCGAUAGAUUUUAUGAACUUGAUACAGGUAGCAUUCAGUAAAAUUGUUGGUCAUACUGCUUGCAAAUCUCUGUAACUCUGGGAUGAUGGUAAAUCAUGAAUUGAU